AUGAACGUGGACACAACGCUGGUGGUCCUGGUAGGUCUGAUCCUAGCCAUGGCUGGGGUGGGUCAGUGUCUGCAGGAGGAGAGGGGUGUGGAGAACAACAAUCUGCCGGGGGAAUCAGGAGAGGUGCUGGCACUGGAGGGUGAGCACGUGGAAGGGUUUAACGAGUUGGACGAUCGUCUCCUAGCCGCUGUGAUUCACUCUCUGCUCCAGAGAAACACCAGAAACCCCUCCGUUCUCCACCAGCCUCAGAGGUUUGGUCGUGACAGCAGAGGAGACCUGCUGAUGGGGGACAGGAUACAGUCCAGAGACUGGGAGCAGGCUCCAGGACAUAUCUGGGGCAUGGCUGUGCCGCAGAGAUUUGGCAAGAAAUAG